AUGUCUUUAUCUGAUUUAAAACAUUCGCUAAGGAAAUAUGAAUUCCCUGCAUGUGCAAAGGAAGCUCUUUAUAAAAUAGAACAACUUUUAAUUGGACGAUCGGCACCAUCUAGUAAACAAUUAGAUAUAUCUAUGGAUAUAACUUCUGAGUUCAUCUUCUGUGAAACAGACCGACGCGGUAACCGCAGAGGAAGUGGACUAAAUCCCUUGCAAGAAUUACAACUUAUUGAUAUUAUAAGUGAAUACCUCUCUGCUUGUAGCAAUGAAACUACCAAGAACACAAUAUUUUUAUCUCUCUUUGGUAGUAUGGAUAGUCAAAGAAAGUUAAAAAUCCUUAGUAUUUUAGCAAGUAUGGCAGUCUCAGCAUGUUGUACUCCGGUAUUAUCCGCUGUUGGAGUUUGGUUACAGCAAAUGGGCUGUUCAUCUCCUCAAUCCUUGCAACUUGUGGAAAGUGUAAUCCAGGACCAUUUUUACCUCAAUACAUCUAAUCAGAAUUCUCUGAAAACAUUGGCGACAUGUGCACCUGAAUUUGUAUCAAAUUUCAUUACUGCAGUAACUGAAUUGUAUAUGCAUGACCUACAGGGUGUGAAGAAAAUGCCACCAAAAAAUUUACUCGAGAUUAUAACAUCCUGGGUGUAUUCAAAUCCAACUCUUUGCAUGUCAGCUCAGUUAAAUCCUGCAGCAUUACCUGUUGGAGCUAUUCCGAUGGCAGUUGUCACACCACUAGCUGGGUUAAUACAUUGGUGUUCAAUUGCUCCCCUACAUGUGGAAGAAACUAUAGAUGUGGAGGAACCAGCUCCAAAGAAAAUUAAAAUCGAAGGAGAAAAACAGACUGUAGUAAAAUCCGUGCCACUUUCUAAACCUCUCCCAACAUCAGAUCUAUACACAAAGCUUCAUCUAGCGGUUUUGCAUAGUUUGCGAGUUGGGCAGCGAACUCAUGGGCCUCCAACUGCAGUAAAUGCGCAACAAUUGGCAGCUUUAAUACCAUUAGUACAGCUGUAUAGCCAUCAGUUAAUAAAGAGAGGAAUAAAACUACAAAAUGAUAUCAAAUUACAGGACUGUCUAGACCGCAUCGGACAGGCGAUUCAAGUAGCUCUAGCAAAUGGUUGUGUAUAUGGUAACAUUAGUAAUCUCUUGUCAGCCUUAGACACAUUACCUGAGAAUAGGCUUCUCAAAAUGAUUAUAAAAAAACACCAACAAAGCAUAUAA